UUUGUUUUAUAUACUUACAAUCUUCUUUAAAAUUUCAAAUAUUAUUAUUAAAUUUUCAAAAUCAUUUAACAUGAUUAUUUAAUAAAAUAUAUAAACAUUUGUCUGUAUCGAUUCUCCGGGAACACAGAGGCCAUCCAUUCGUUAAACUUGUUAUAUAAAGUAUGUGCUCAUAACUGCUAGUGAACAAACAAAACACCCUGUUUCCAUCCACCUCACAAAUAUCAUCAACAAAAUCCAACCAGAUCAAAAUCAAACCUCACACUCUUCCUCAAAUGUUAAAGGAAAACCCAGUUCAAGAAUUACAGUUGCAAAAUCCAAAUCCAAAUCAAAAUCCCCCAAAAAUCUUAACUACCAUGGCAGCAAACUCGCCGACCACCACAAGGAAAGAAGGUGAGUUUCUCCUCCUUGGCCGAUACGAGAUCGGAAAGCUUCUCGGACAUGGGACCUUCUCUAAAGUCUACCUCGGUCGUAACGUGAAAACCAAUGAAUUUGUCGCCAUUAAAGUGAUCGAUAAAGAACAGAUCUUGAAAGGCGGAUUAAUCUCCCACAUAAAACGCGAGAUCUCGAUCCUCCGCCGUGUUCGCCACCCAAACAUCGUCCAACUCUUCGAGGGUUUUGUCAUGCUCGUGGUCUCCGAUUUCGGAUUAAGCGCCAUUUCUGAGCAAAUCAGAGGCGAUGGUCUGUUUCAUACCUUUUGUGGAACGCCGGCGUAUGUUGCGCCGGAGGUUUUAGGCCGGAAAGGGUACGAAGCUGCGAAAGUCGAUAUCUGGUCAUGUGGGGUUAUCUUGUUCGUUUUAAUGGCUGGUUAUUUACCAUUUCAUGAUCAAAACGUUAUGGUUAUGUAUAAGAAGAUUUACAGAGGGGAAUUCCGUUGUCCACGGUGGUUCUCGCCGGAGUUAUCCCGGCUGUUAAAACGACUCCUUCAAACAAACCCAGUAACCAGAAUCACAAUACCGGAGCUCAUGGAGAAUCGUUGGUUCAAGAAAGGAUUUAAGAACAUAAAAUUCUAUUUAGAAGAUGAUAAAUUGUUUAGCGUGAAAGAUGAAGACUUUAAAGACGACGAUAUCGAUUACUCAUCCGAUCAAUCUUCACGACCCGAAUCACCUACCGAGGUUGACACCAGAAAGCGUCUCACCACCAUGCCCAGACCUGCGAGCUUGAACGCAUUCGAUCUAAUUUCUUUCUCCCCUGGGUUCAGUUUAUCUGGGCUUUUCGAAGACGCCGGAGAGGAGUUACGUUUCGUCUCCGGCGCCACCGUGCCACACAUCAUUUCGAAGCUCGAGGAGAUCGCAAAAGGGGUGAGUUUCAAAGUUAGGAAGAAGGAUUUCCGGGUAAGUUUGGAAGGAUCAAGGGAGGGAGUGAAAGGUCCGUUGACGAUCGGAGCUGAGAUAUUUGAAUUAACACCAAAUUUAAGAAUGAUUGAAGUAAAGAAGAACGCCGGAGACAAAGGGGAAUACGAUGAGUUUUUUGAUCGUGAACUCCGGCCGGGAUUGCGUACUCUGAUGUUGCCGGCGCCUAUCUCCGGUGAAUCUUCGGUUUUGCCGUCUGAGACUGAAUCACUGAAAUGA